AUGACUGAUGCGUUUCUGAAUAAUCGAACAUUGACGAUAGAAAAUUUGAACCCACGUGUGAUUGAAGUAGAAUAUGCUGUUCGAGGUCCGAUCGUGAUUCGUGCUGCUGAAAUUGAAAGGCAACUUAAAAAGGGAAAUCACAAUUUCCCGUUUGAUCGUGUCAUUCGUGCAAACAUCGGCGAUUGUCAUGCCAGUGGAAAUCAACAUCCGAUUACAUACAUUCGUCAACUUGUCGCUGGUUGUACAUGUCCAUCAAUUAUGGAAUCACCGGAUUUUCCAUCGGAUAUUAAACAACGUGCUCAGCGAUUGUUAUCCGCUUGUGGUGGAGAAAGUUUAGGAGCAUACACAGAAAGUCAAGGUUUAAUUACCAUCCGCGAAGAUAUUGCCAAGUAUAUUGAAGAACGAGAUGGCUAUCCAGCUAAUCCAAGUGAUAUCUAUCUCUGUAAUGGCGCUUCUGAUGGAAUCAAAACAGUAAUCAAAUUGUUAAUGAAUACCGAUCAAAAGAAACCAUCGGGAAUCAUGAUACCUGUUCCACAAUACCCGUUGUAUAGUGCAACAUUGUCGGAAUAUGGUGCCUAUCAGAUUGAAUAUUAUCUUGAUGAAGAAAACAAUUGGGCAUUGAAUAUUGAUGAAUUAGAACGUGCAUUAAAUGAAUCAAAGGAUCGAUGUGUACCACGUGGUAUCGUUAUAAUUAAUCCUGGAAACCCAACAGGUCAAGUUCUUUCACGAGAAAAUAUCGAAAAUAUCAUUCGGUUCGCGGAAAAGCACAGUUUAUUUAUAUUGGCCGAUGAAGUCUAUCAAGAAAACAUUUAUUUGCCCGAUUCGAAAUUUCAUUCGUUUAAAAAAGUUUUGAUGGAUUUAGGAUCACCAUACAAUCAUAUGGAAAUGGCUUCGUUUCAUUCAGCAUCCAAAGGUUGGCAUGGCGAAUGUGGUUCUCGUGGUGCUUACUAUGAACUGAUUAAUAUCGAUAAAGAUGUUCGAAUGCAAGUUAAUAAAUUGAUAUCCGCAUGUUUAUGUUCAUCAUCUUGGGGUCAAGCUGUGAUGGGUGCAAUAAUUAAUCCUCCAAAGGAAGAAAAGGCAAAUCUUGUCAGUGAACUCUUCAAUUCAAUCGAAGGUUUUCAAUGCAAUACUGUCAUGGGUGCUAUGUAUGCUUUUCCACGUGUUGAUCUACCUCAACGUGCAAUCGAACAUGCUAAAUCAAAAAAGAUGGCACCCGAUGCAUUUUAUUGUUUUGAAUUGUUAGAAAAGACUGGUAUUUGUGUGGUACCUGGUAGUGGAUUUAAACAAAGACCUGGUACACAUCAUUUGCGCACAACAAUUCUUCCACCGAUUAAUCAAAUGAAAGACAUGGUCGAACGAUUUCGAGCAUUUCAUACAGCGUUUUUAAAUGAAUGGAAAUAG